AUGAGUCGUCAGGCUAAAAUAGGCGACUUUUGUCGUCGUGAUCGGCGGCCAGAACAACUUGAACAAGAGUCAAGAAAAAGAAAUGCCAAGGGCAGCGCCAAUCUGGCACAACAUUACCUUGGGAAGGCCAACAUCACAGCGAUCAGACGUGUCAGGAAGUCGGAUAACAACAGAAUAGCAAGAGCUUGUGGGGCAACAGUUGUAAAUCGAACAGAUGAACUCAGAGAAGAGGACUUGGGUCUUGGAUGUGGACUCUUUGAAAUACAGAAGAUUGGAGAUGAGUAUUUCACCUUCAUCACAGAAUGUAAGAACCCCAAGGCCUGUACUAUUUUAUUAAGGGGUGCUAGCAAGGAUGUUUUAAAUGAAGUAGAACGUAAUCUUAUGGAUGCUAUGAACGCUGCUCGUAAUGUCAUGCAGGAGCCUUGUCUUGUACCUGGAGGAGGUGCUGUGGAGAUGGCUCUGUCACAUGCCCUAAAUGAGAAGGCUAAAGCUAUCAAAGGUGUUCAGCAGUGGCCAUACAAGGCUGUUGCAUCAGCUCUAGAGGUUGUCCCUCGGACUCUCAUUCAGAACUGUGGAGGCAACACAAUCCGCACUCUCACUGCUCUUAGGGCUAAGCAAGCUGACCCAGCUAAUUUUAGUUGGGGUAUUGAUGGUGAGAAGGGUAUCUUAGCUGAUAUGAACCAAUUAGGAAUCUGGGAUCCAUACGCAGUCAAGGCACAGACAUAUAAAACAGCCAUUGAGACUGCCAUGCUGUUACUUCGCAUCGAUGACAUUGUCUCAGGGUCAAAGAAGGCUGGUGAGAGGGAAGGUGCUGGAACGGUCGCUCCAACCACUGAAUAACCCUCCUUCUAAAUCUCUAGUCCCAUGUAGUUAAUAAGGUUGAGCUGAUAUGAGGUAGAUAUUGUGAAAUAUGAUUGUACAAAUCAAGUGGAUGAUCAAUGUCACCAAGGAAACUGACUGACCGAUGGUAUGUUGUUGACAAAUAAACCAAUAAUACAGAAAACUUCCAUCAGUUGGGGAUGAUUCAUUAAAUAAAUUUUAAGCCUCAACUAAGCUAAAGAUUAUUUUGGGCGAGCUUUCGUCCACUCCUGUGGACUUUCUAGAGCCAAUUGAUCAGUCACAAAGUUUGCUGCCUGUGGUGGUCUGUACCUCCUUGUUUCUUGAUCACAGGACCGAAGAUUGGAGACAAUGUAUAUCCAGAGUCUCUAUUCAGUACUGGAUUAAUACUGGAUUAAUCCUUUUUAUCCAGUGAUUCGUCCAUGACAAAAGCUUGCCCCUAAUAAUCAUUACGACAAGUCCACCCCAACAAAAAGUUGAUGUGAAUAAAAAGAGAAAAACCCAACAAGCAUAACACUGAAAAUUUCAUCAAAAUCGGAUGUAAAAUAAGAAAGUUAUGACAUUUGAAAGUUUUGCUUAAUUUCACAAACCAGUUAUAUGCACAUCCUGGUGGGUAUGCAAAUGAGGAGACUGAUGACGUCAUCCACUCACUAUUUCUUUUGUAUUUUAUUAUACGAAAUAGGAAAUAUUCUAUUUUUCUCCUCAUUGUCAAGUGAAAAAAACGAUCAAUUCAUCCCUGAACAUGUGGAAUGAGCAUUGAAUAAUACUAUAUGAUUCAGUCAAGUUGGUCCUUAUUGUCAAAUCUAUGAAAAAUGAAAUAUUGUAUAAUUCAAACAGUAAAAAUCAAAAGGAAUAGUGAGUGAGGGACAUCAUCGACUGUCUCAUUUGAGUUGUGCAUCCAUAUCACUGUUUUGUGAAAAAUAAGCAAAACUUUAAAAUGUCAUAACUUUCUUAUUUUACAUCCAAUUUUGAUGAAAUUUUCAGCAUUUUGCUAGUUUUCAUUUUUCUCUAUUUAUUCAAAUCAACAUUUUUCUGGGGUGGACUUCACCUUUAAGGUUGGUUGAAGCUUAAAAAUGAUUUUAAAGACCAAUAGUUUUGCUUGGGUUGACUGUGACAUUAGCUUGAGGUUAUGGGGCUUGUGUCUGUUUCAAUGUAUCCCUAAGUUAUUGGGCACAUGUCAAACUGGUUGAGGAUAAAAAAAAUGGCACUUGAUGCAAUCAAGGUAUUAAAUGAAACUAUUUAUGAACGAACGUUUUUAUUUUAACAUUAAACAUAGUAAAUGACCCUAUCUUCAUGUGGAGUCAUGAUGACUUGUUCCUAUCUGAUGUAAACUUAAAGAAAUAAUUGUUUGAAGUAAUUGUACAUUCAAUUGGACAUUCUUUGGUGUUAUCAUUACCAAAAAUAAAUACUAUUAACUAAUCAAUUGGUUGUAUGUAAGUGAAUGACAAGAUAAAGACCAAUAAAUACCCUCAAGUUGCAUGGAUAUUGAUGUCAUACAUUGCUGUACAUUGUAGUAAUUAUCUUUAAUAUGUCGCAGAAAGUUUACUAAAGGGUGGGUGUUUCAUAAAACUAAUGUUAAAUUUGACUUUAUGAACAACUAGAACAUGUUCCUAGGUACUGAGUCAGCUACAUAGGGAUAUACUAUGUAGCACAAAAAUGGGUUACCAGUCAUGUGUAAAAGUCAUUAUGAACAGCUUUAUGCAACACUCACAUGAUCUUGUAUAGCUUAAAGGGUGUAGACUUGCUAAUUGAUAGCAAAGAAAGUAAAAUGGAUAGAGUGAAUAUGAUGGAAUUGAGGCUAUUCCAAAAAUAAUCAUCUUGCACGUCUAACCCUUUGUUGCUUCACUUUAUGAAGUGAUUGAGCCAUGAUAAUUGGGAUGAGUUCACUUUUUUCAUAUGAGCUACAAACAGAAAGAAAUCAUUUUAUGACGGUCUCACAUACAUGAUUCUGCAUGUACAUAUUUAAUUGUAUUGUCCAGAAUGUAAUUAAGCAGUUCUUCCUCUAUUACUGUCCCCUCAUUUGGAUUAAACAGUACUUUGUUUUUAAAGCUGUGAUGGUCAUUCCACUAGCAGCAGUGAGUGAGCUAUACUCUAACCGGAGACAAUGCAACUAUCUUUUCAAUAGUGUAGAUUGAAACUAAUUAUGAAAUCCAUACUGAUGUAAAAUGUAUAUUGUUUUCUAAUUAUUAAUAUUAAGCAAUGCUUGAAGUGGUAUGAUUUGAUAUGUUUAAUACUUUAAUUAUUCUCUAUGCAUAGAAGAUCACAGCACACAUGCAGUGCACUGUAUGUAAAGCAAAAUAUGUGUCACAAACUAUCGUCUUUUUUUAUUGCAAAUAUAACCAAUCAUAAUUGAAAUAUAAAAUAAUUCCUAAUUAUUUCACAAGGAUCAUUCAUGUUUGAGCAUGUAAAGGUUUAUUUCUUGUUGUUUCAGUGUGUUACAUAGUGUUGUAAUUCACAAUUUAUUUAUGCGGUGGGUGUUUCAGAAAACUGUUUUUAUUGAAAGUUAUACACGAUUUUACUUUCAAGAGAGAUAUGAAGUGUCAAUGUGUGAGCCCAAUAUUUCCUUCUUGUACCAUACUAUGUCAGUGAUACCAAUCCUUCUGGGGUUAGUAAUGUGUGUUAAACAUCAGGGGCCCGUUUCUCAACACCGUCUCAUAAGUCUAACUUCUUGACUAAAUCGGAGAUAGUGGGCUACUUGUCCGCUAACCGUUUCACGAAGCCCUCUUUACCAAGAUAGGGUACAACAACCUCACUAAAUACUUAUGACACCUUCGAACCUGUCAUAACUUCUUUCUUAAUGACGUAGUAGAAUCACGUGGGUAGACUAUGACAUGCAAAAGUGCCUAGAAAUUAUAGAAUUAUAAUCUUACGUAAUCAAUCAUAGAGGUUGAAAUUACAUCACAAAACAAGUGGGAUAAUGCAUUCAAUGAUCAUUGUAAUACAAAGAAACUGUUGGUAAAAUGCAGCAAAACCAUUCAUUUUAAAAUAGUAAAAUAAUUUAAUCGAUAAAGAUUCUACCACGUCAGGCCAUCCAUAACUGGACUCGUAUUUGUCGUUUUCAGACCCCUAUUAACAUUUGGAUAAAUUCUAUCUCUAAUUUAUGCAUAGAAUUUGUCAAAUCAUAAAUUUCGGUAUCAAAUAUUAUUUUAUUCAUUUUUUGUUAAACUAUAUUUCAAUGAUGUAUGAAAUCGUAAAAGACCGUAUAAUUAUCAUUUUACAAAGAAAACCGUUAUGGUUUACUUUCGUAAACUAUUAAAAUUGGAUAUCCCAGGGGUACCCAUCUCAACGUCCACAUGUGAUUUUUUAGUCAUGAAAUAAAUUAUUCAUAAUUCCAUUUUCUCAGCAAUUGAAUGCUCCAGUAUUCGUGGUAUAAGUAUGUAUGAUGCAUAAUUUACCUGUGCUAUUAUGUUGAAAAGAUGUAUUUCCCAAUUCAUCACAAUAUUUGCACUUUUGUCAUAAUUUUUCUUUUUGAAAAUUAUGUUAUUUUGUGACUAAGGCUACAUCUCGUCUGCUCUUUUGACCAAUAGUAUCGUUAUCAAGGUAUUCUAGUUAAGAAGCCUUUCGUGAAACGGGUUUAGUAAGAUUGGAACUAACUCCGUGGUUGAUGGAUAAAGAUAUGACUAACUUGUUCAGGUGUUGAGAAACGGGCCCCAGUAUGUUAUGACUCCUGCUGAAGGGGACUGAGACCAAUGUUACUUCCAAUACUCCACACACACAUAAAGCUGUGUCUAACUUUAUGAACAGCCAUAUGAAGCCUGCUUGUUAAAUGUACCAUCAGCUAUGGAUGAGUUGGGUUAAUCGGAUCAAGGGACGCAUAGGCCUGAUUUCACAGAGUUGGUUUUUUAAUCAGUGGUUUGAAACAAUAAUUUAGACGAGAUUUCAAGCAUUGAUCAAGUGUCCAAUAAAGUCCAAUGUGUUUUUAUUGCAGUGUAAUAAGUUAAUACUAUCAUGUAGAACUCUUUAUAAUGUAUUAUUUUUCUACAUUUGAUUUAUCUCGCUUCAUUGCGUUAUGAGUUUUUAAUCCUUGAUUAUUUUCUUCUGUGAACCUAUAUGUCUACAAGCUUUGCUUUUUAAUAGGUUCCUCAUAUUUCACGAUAUUGUAUUUCUUUGUAAAACACUACAACUAUGUAUUUUUUGUCAUCUUUUCAUAAUUAUGUUCAAGAUAAUAAAAACAAUAAAUCAAAUCAAAAAAUCAAAUACUUGUUACUAUGGUGAUCGCUUUAAUGAGCCUAUUGUUUAUGUUCAUCAAUUUACUUAAAACAGUUUGCUCAUUGAUGUUGUAACCUUAGUAAUAAGCAUGAAUCCUGUGACAAAAGCAUGCUUUCAUUGUAAAAAUAAAAAUUACACAAACUAUAGUUUCAAACCACUUUUGUGAAUUCAGGGCUCAAGGUUUGCCAUAUUUGAGCUGGAAAUAUUGAAUAAAAUUUGAUUAAGAAAAAAUUGGACUUUCUCGUGACACUAUGAGAGAAUUGCACACUCUUUCAAUCGAUUGUAGUCAAUUUUAGGUCCAAAUUAAUUCUUAAGAUUUCAUUCAAAAUUUACUAUGUAAUUCAAGUUUAUUGCGGACCUGCUUAAGGCUAAGGCCUGGUCCCACUGGGCAACGGAAAAUGGAAAAUUAUUGGCAAACAAUGAAAUUACAUUGGACGGAUGCUCGAUGGAUAUAGAGCGUAUGAAACACAUGCAAUGAGUACACAACAGGUGCUUAGCGUUUUCCAAUGGAUGGCAAGUGGGACCAAGCCUGAAGUUGUGCAUAGUCCAUUGUACUUUGAGAAUGGGAUAUUAAAUAACCUAAUCUCUGCAUUGAACAUUUUGUAAUGACAUGGAUGAAAAUACAUUCAAAGAGCUUGUGGCUUUUAUUUCUAUUGAAGUCAUGAAUAGCAAUGUGUCUAUUAUUUAAGUUAAAUUUGUUGUCGGUAUAAAUAAAUAAAUUGUGAUGUGUGCAGAAAAAACAA